UGCAGGUAGAUAUCUCGCGCAAUUUACAACUGAUGACGGUGUAGCUGAAUAAAUUGUGAUCCUGGUUUCCGACCUAGAUUGUCAUAAUCUGAGGCUUGUUAUUUCUGGUUGUUUUUUAUUGCUAAUUUUUAUAAAUGGUUUAAAAAGAUCAAGGGAUGUCAAGUUAGUUACCAAAUAUAUCGCAACAUGUUCCCGAUAGAUUCUUGCCAAAAAAGAUAUCGUCGAAUACUUCAACGCAAAAAAGAAAGGCGAAAACAGGAAAAAGUUCGCAGGAAGAUAGCUUCGCGCAAUAAAAUAAGGGAAGAUAUAGAACUAAACCGUUAUCACAGCAAAAAGUUCCUGAAAAAGGAGGUCUCCAACAGACUGCAGAUCGCACUGUAUGAAGGAAUAAGGAUCUACAUAGAUUGUUCUUAUGAAGCUCUUAUGUCUCCUAAAGAAUGUAAUAAAUUCGCUCAACAACUAUGUCGUCUUUAUGGCGCAAACAAAAAAGCAACGAAGCCCUUAAGCAUCAACCUUGUAAAUUUUUCACAACAUGGACCUUUGUCCCAUGCUUGCCAGUCCAAAUGUGAUGGAUUCCUAAAGUAUAAGAUUGGAUUGUACUCUGAAACACCAUCAAGCAUCACGCCAGAAAAUAUAGAAAUCGUGUACCUCAGUCCGGACGCAAAGGAACCAUUGAUAUCUAUAUCGGAAAAUUGUGCGUACGUCCUAGGAUGUCUUGUGGAUGAGCAUAUAUUAAAGGGACGAAGCCGACAAGAAGCUGAGAAUCAGGGUUACCGUGCCGUGCGACUCCCAAUUGAAGAGUUUACAUCUGGAAAAAUAUCUAACCCUGUGUUAGCGAUAAAUCAUGUCGUCGAUAUAAUGUUAGCAUACAUGGAAAAUGGUGGCGACUGGAAGGAGGCCUUAUAUUCUAAAUUGCCCGGACGAUUUUUGAGAUAAUACAUAUAUAUGUGAAAUUUUGUUAUAACUUAUGAAGAAAUACAAGAAGUUCUAUAAUAAAAA